AUGGUUUCACGAUAUAUGCCAACAGUAUCUGAUUUGAAAGAAGUUGAUCCACUUUUAGCUGGUUUAUGGUUACUGUUAUUUAUUCUCGUGGCAGUAUUUCUAUUAAGUAAUAUGUUUAUAUCAAUUAUUGUUGAUAAUUUUAAUUUAAUACGUCGAGAACAAUUAAAUUGUAAAAAUGAAAUUGAAUUAAUUCAAAUUACUAUGACAAAAUAA